AUGACCCUUCAUUCAUAUUUACACUCCACAUUAACAACCCUAUUAUCACCACAAAAACAAUCAUCAUCAAUCCCAAUAGAGACUGAUUAUGAACUAUCACCAGACUAUGAAGACUCUACACACUCAAUCUCUGAUCGUAUAAUAUCUCAAAGACAAAAAAUCUCAAACUUUUCCACACCUACAAGAUCAAGACCAAAUCGUCAACACACAACUGCACCAAGCACCACCACAACAACAACAACCAUUGAAAUAUCCAAUGAUUUUGAAGAUGAUCGUGACAAGAUUAGACAAUUCAUUAAUGUCAAACAGACACUAUUAUCUCUUCGAAAUCUGGAGAAAUUGAUCACGGAUCCUAAUGUGAAUUAUGAAGGUUUUAAAAAAACUUAUAUCGAAUCAAGUAUGGGGUUAUUAAAUUCUAUUCAGGAUAGAGCAGAAUUACAAACAUUGAGUACAGGAACAACGGAUCAAUCAAGGGAUUAUUUGAUAAGGAUCGGAUUGGUUUCUGUGCAGAUAUUCGUUGUCUUGAUGGAUUUGUUCACUCCGUUGUUUAUACAAUUCACUGUGAUGUGGAGACAAGUUUUAAAUAAUGAUUUGGUUCAGAAAAUUUUGAAUACUGUGGUGGAGUUGAUAUUUGUUUUGUUGACACUGGUUUUGGAUUAUUUGAAAAAGUAUCAACUAAAGUCUAAAAAGCAAAAGAGGUUAAAGAGUCAUCAAAAUCCUACAAAGUUCAAAAGAAUAUAG